AGAAGAGUUUGGGAGGGCUGACGACCAGCCGCGGGUGCUGUGCUGGCAGUGCUCAGUACAGAUCUAAUGUCAGAGGCUCCUUUGGAUUACUUCCCAUUGUUCCUCAACCUCAAGGGGCGCUCGGCUCUCAUCGUCGGCGGUGGCGAGAUUGCCCAUCGCAAGGCGGCCUUGCUGCUCCGCUGCGGCGCACAAGUCACUGUUGUGGCCCCAGAUGUCGUCGAGAAGGUCAAGAACCUGCCGCUCGAGUGGCUGGACGUACCUUAUGCCUCGUCCCUGCUUCAGGAGAAGCGCUACAUGCUCGUGGUUGCGGCGACGGACAGCCCCUCUGUGAAUGAGCAAGUGGCGAGGGACGCGGAAGAGACCAACGCGCUGGUCAACGUGGUGUCUGACCCAUCGCUGUGCAGCUUCAUCUUCCCCUCCGUCAUCGACCGGUCUCCCGUGGUCAUUGCGGUGUCAACCGGUGGGGCCUCCCCCGUGCUGGCGAGGAUGCUCCGGACCAAGCUCGAGUCGCUCAUUCCGAUGGCUUAUGGUCGGCUGGCAUCUCUCAUCGGUCGGUGUCGGGAUCGGCUCAAGGCCAUGGUAGAGAGCCUCAACGCCAAGAGGGGCUUCUGGGAGGAGGUGAUCGAGGGGCCUGUGGCUGAGCUGGUAAGCUAAGCUGGCCGAUGGAUGGCGCACGGACAGCCGACUGACAACAGACGGACGUCCUUGCCUGUCUUCUAUCUAUCAGGUGUUCGCCAACCGCGAGAAUGACGCCGAAGCACUGCUGGAAACGAAGCUGCGCGAAGCAGCGACAGCCGCCGCGUCUGAGGAAGGACCCACCUGUCCGGCUGCCCCUCGGCCGUCUGCGAGCGACAGAGAAGCGACCAACGGUGCGAUGGCGUCAGGAGCGGAGAAGAGCGGCGGUGUCGGUGAGGUCUAUCUGGUGGGGGCUGGGCCUGGAGACCCCGACCUGCUCACCUUCAGGUAGUGGAACAAACAGAGGAAACGAACGGAGGACAAUAUAUGGGAUAGAGUGACAGACUGGGUGACCAUCACUCAUGUGCGCAUGUGUGUGUGUGUGGAUAUGUCACCUCACCACCUGUCAGGGCACUGCGUCUGAUGCAGCAAGCCGAUGUGGUCGUCUAUGACCGACUCGUCUCAAAAGAGGUGCAGCCACACACACACACAAGAGAAGGGCGCCAUUCCUGCCCAUUCGCUGCCUGCCUGCCUGCCUGUCCAACUGCAGAUUCUCGAUCUUUGUCGGCGCGACGCCGAGAUGAUCAACGCCGGGAAGGAACCGAAGCACCACACCAUCCCACAAAGCGAGAUCAACGACCUCCUGACCCAACUGGCGCUCAAGGGAAGGCGAGUGCUCAGGUACGUUGGAAGCCACCACACACGUGGCAGCCAUGCCAUGGGUCGGUGUGUGCACAUUGUGUGUGUGUGUGUCCAUCCAUCCAUCCAUCCAUCCAUUGGAUGCAUCGCAUUGCAUCGCAUCGCAUUGGCCAUCAGGUUGAAGGGCGGCGAUCCGUUCAUCUUUGGUCGUGGUGGUGAGGAGCUGGUGAAGCUGUGUGCCCACCAGAUCCCCUUCCAGGUGGUGCCGGGCAUCACCGCCGCAUCGGGAUGCAGCGCAUACUGUGGGAUUCCCCUCACACACCGGUACAGUGGGCAGCGCACUCACCGACAGACACUUGGCUUGGACGGGAUGGGAGUGUGUGCUUGUGUGUGUGUGUGUGUGUGCAGGGACUACGCGCAGUCGGUUCGUUUUUUGACUGGCCAUGCGCGUGAGGACCAUGUGCUGGAGCUGCCGUGGGACAAUCUGGUGCACAGCAACAGGGAGACACUCGUAUUCUACAUGGGCAUGGUGAGGGACGGAGGGAGGGAGGGAGGGCGAUAUCACCCACACACCAGCAACUCUUACAGAUCGUCUGCAUCUGCCUGUCUGCCUGUGUGUCUGUCUGUCUGUGUGUGUGUGUGUGUUGCGUCUGUCUCAGCUGAGUCUGGGUAAGAUCUUCAGCGAGCUGAUAAGCCACGGGAUGCCGCCAGCGCGCCCGGCAGCUGUGGUGCAGCAGGGCACCACCCCCGAGCAGAGGGUGCUGGUCGGCACGCUGGAGAGCCUGCCUGGGCUGGUGGAGAGUGCCGAUCCGAAGAUCAAGCCGCCUGCUCUGGUGAUCGUUGGGGAGGUGGUGGGCCUGCACAAGAAGCUCUGGUGGUUUGGCCAGCCGGCUGACUGACUGACUGACUGAUAGAUUGCAGGCAGACAAGAGGGGAGGGGAGGGGUCAGAGCGUUUUUGUCGAUAUGAACGUGCUUUUGCUAUGGGCGACUGACUUUGGGCAUCUGGAUCAUUGCCGUUACCUGUCGCUGUGCAUUGCCAUGUGGAUGUAAAGGACCCCCGUGUGUGUGUAAUGUGUCAAGCAUCCGAGUGAGGGCAUAACGAGACACUACACGGCUGACCACCACAGAUGAAG